AAAUAAGGUACAGUCAGAGUAUGAAAGACGUCUGCAGUGUAUAACACGUAUUUAUUCCCUUCACGAACAAAUAUCGCAAUAGAUUCUCGUGUGAUUUUAUAAACAAAAAUUAAUUACGCGAAUAACUUGUUGCAAUUAUUUGCAUUUAUUAUUUUCUCGUGUUUAACUAAAUUCUAUUUGUAAUGGCUACGAUACAGUACUUACCUGAUGAAAUGAUAAGUAUAAUUCUCAACUAUAAAGAUAUUACUAUUGAAGAUAUUAUUAACUUUAGAUGUACGUGCCAACAAUUUCGUUACGCAGCCAAAGAUGACACGUUUAUGGAAAAAAAAUUUUGUCAGAGAUGGUCCUCUGCAAAGAAAUAUAAUGACAAUUUGUUUAAGAUAAAUAAACAGAAAAAAUCUGAAGAAUAUGAACAGAAAAGAAAGAAGUUUAAGAAAAAUUCAAAUUUUAUAGAAAUGAGCAUAAAUAUUGUGACACUAUUACGAAAGUACAUGUCUGCUAUCAGAUAUAAAAAUCGUGAUUACUUUAACUCAAUCGAUAAUAAAAUAUCUUUUAAAGAUAUAAUUUAUGAUCGUAAGAUAAAUUGUGUUUUUAUAUUUACCAUAGUUAAUGAACCUGACAAUUUCAUGAAAUAUUUGGUUUUCAUUGAUGAGAUUAAAAACUCGCUUACACAAUCUCCACGGAGAACUGGUUGCGAUUUAACCGAAAGAUAUUGUUAUGAAAAAAUAUUAGACAAAAUAAAGAUACAUUCUCUAAGGAAAGAAUGGAAUGAGUUUCGACAACUACCUGAGAGGGAGCAAGUUUUGGAAUGGGGUGCUACUUUUGCGGCCCAAUCUAUUCAACUCAGAAAGAAUGUAUCUUAUCCGGACAUACAAGCAUCGCUAAAUAAUAUCGCAUUAGAGGUACAGAAUUACCUCAAAGAAAAACAUCCCGAGCAUUCGAUAUUCAAGACGUCUGCUGAAACUUUGUCUUAUUGGAAAAACAAUCGUUUUAACGAAAAUUACUGGAACGAAACAGAAGGAACACAGAUUAUUGAUACAUUGAAUGAAUAUAUAUUUGACAAAUUAAAUUUUCGAUUUUGCAACCCAGAAGACACAAAUUUAGAAUACAUGUGCAUAGAUAAUGUAUUGAAAACUAAAUAUGGCCAAAAAAUAAUUUUAUUAACAAUAUAUUACAGCGUGGCCAGAAGACUUGGUCUACGUUGCGAUGUAAUAGUAGAAACAAUGGACACCUAUAAGGGAUUUUCUCGAGAAUAUCAAUACUUUUUUUAUUGUUAUAAAAAUAAUACAUAUAAUUUACGACCUAAUUUACCUACUAAUUUACUUACUUUUCCUAUGUAUUGCUUACUUUGGAAACCAAAAUAGUAAGUACAA